AUGGCCGCCAGCAUGGCUCACUAUCCAGGCCACCUUAGCAACCGCAUGACGACUGGACGCGCCGAGACGGUUGGACAGGCACAGUAUCCGCCGCGGCGAGCAGAGCGAAAGUACAAGCUUGAGGUGGAGCAGCAACCCAUCCGAGCGCGCAUGUGUGGCUUUGGCGACAAGGACCGGCGGCCCAUCACGCCUCCACCAUGCAUCCGGCUCGUAGUGCUGGACGAGAUGGAUCGCGAGCUCGACUUCAACGAGAUCGACAGCACCUACUUUGUCCUCAUGGUGGACCUGUGGAACGAGUCGGGCCAGUCGGCCGUCAACCUGGUGCGCCAUAGCAGCGCCGCGCCCACCGUGUCCAUCAGCAGCAGCACAACGACGUCGUACCCGCCACCGCCCGAGCGCAGCCACUAUGUCGCCACGACGAUUCCAGGCUACGAUGCACACUCGCAGGCCUACCGCCACCAGCACCAACACCAGCACCAACACCAGCACCAGCACCAGCACCAACACAUGCAGCCCCAGCCCAUGGCCCCGGCGGGCUACGGCCCCGGCGGCCACACGGGCGU